GAGAAGCACCGAGAGAGAUCCCUCGAUAUAAGACCUCAAGUCCGCAGACCAAUCCCCUCGUCGAUUGGAUCGGAAGCUCGAAGCAGAGAUCAAUGGCGGGAUCGGCGGCCACACCAGGGUGGUUCAAAGGCCAGGGAAUGUGGGAAGGAAGCAUCGCAUCAUUCGAAGGCGAAAUUCGCCGGCGACCGUACCAUCGGAACUGCAAGUGCGCCCUCCAUCGCUCCCGCGCCGUCCCCGCCGACGCUCCGUGCUCUUCUCACUUCUUCGUUACGUACCCCAUCCGACGCCGCUCCUCCUCCUGGCAUUCACUCACGUCCUGCUCAUCGUCCGGUAACCUUGCCGCCGCUGCCGCCGUGGAUGUUAACCC